GUAGCUUAAUCUUGGAAAAAAAAUUGCUAUACCGUCAGACAGUCCAGAAACCAGCUCAACUAUCAUUGGAUUUGUUGGACUUACCACACAAUUUGCAGUCUAGCUGGAUACAGUGGAUAUUUGUAGUCCUCUGGAAGGAUGAGGCUCAUCAUUGUCACUCAGUUUGGAGUUGUGGCUCUUUGGAUCAUCUGUGUCUCCAGUUGGACUAGUGAGAAAUGCGUGAUGAGUGACGGUUUUACAAAUCUGUGGAGAGGCGAUGAUUGUCACAAUGGUAACCUUACAGUGAGCUGCAUGGACGUCGACAAUGUGCCACUUCACCUAGCCAUUUUUCCCAUUUCCAUCCAGACCCUGUGUGUCAAGAUGAGGAACAAAUCCAUUCUGCAUCCCAACGAUUUCUCCAGAUUCGACAAACUGGUUGAGCUUGGCAUCUCAGGUCAACCGGCAGAGAUUAUUCCAGGUGCUUUCAGGGGGCUAUUUGGACUUCAGAUACUGAGUCUUACUUGCUCUUUAAACUUAUCCAUUUAUUCAAAUACAUUCAAGGACUUACAUAAUCUUAAAAAAUUAAGAAUAAUUUCAUGUUUGUUUUCUGUAAUAGCACUAGAUGCAUUUGCUGGUAUGAAACAAUUGACCACUCUUACGAUAAUGCAGCAUGAACAUAAUUUGUUGUCAGAUAUAAAGAGCUUGGCAGGGGUUUUAUGUAGAAUAGUUAAUAACACAUCUUCACUGACAUCGCUGGUCCUGUGGGCUGAAAUUGCCAAUCUGAGUAACCCAAAGUGUAUCGUGUCUAACGGGACUACUUAUGAGACCCCAAGUUUCUAUGGUCUUCAAGAUAUUUUAUUGAAUUUCCCUGAUCUAAAGACCAUAGGUAAAGGUGUGUUUGAAGGUUUUAAAAACAUUUCAUUUCUUAACAUGCCUCUAAAUAAUGUACUGCAGAUGCAACUACUGCAGUCUGGUGUCAGCAAAGUGGAAUAAUUUCAAUUCUUGCAGGAGGAUAAUGACUUAGAGUCGAUGUGUGAAAUUGUCUAUCAACUCUCAACUUCGUAUGUUUCAAUAACUACAGAUCAUGUCAACUUGUCAAUUUCUGCCAUUCAAAAUUGCAUGACACUUCGAGAAAUGCACCUUUUUAGAAGCCUUAUUUCACAAAGAUUUAUUGAUCUGAGCUUUAUCCAUGGCUUGAGGAAUCUCCAGGUUUUGACUGUUCAUCAAUUUUCCUUGAACAAUACAAGAUUUACAUCCCUUUGCAAAACUCAACCUAGUCCAAUCUUGUGGUUUAAAAAAAUGUCAUUGUAUUUUAGUAGUAUUUUUAGCAUACAACGUAGACAGUUCUUUUGCAUGAAAAACCUGGAAGAACUUAACUUGAAAUAUAAUCGAAUCUCCACCAUCGACAACUUUGCCUUUCUGGGAUUGCAGAAGUUAAAGGUUUUAAAUCUAGGUCAUAACCAGUUAUCUGAAAUCAAAUCAUUUAAUUUCUUUGAUCUGCACUGCUUAGAGUACCUCAAUCUGGAGGCAAAUCCAUUUGUGCACAUUGAGGCAUUAUCUUAGUUCAAUACAGAAUGUGUCUCUGGGAGACCUGAACUUCCCUCCAGAAUCCAAGAUUGAGCUGAAUCUGACAUGUGUAUUUGGCAGCAUACCUCGGGGACUGACAUACCUCUACAUCAGCUCUGGCAGAAGGCCCAUGACUCUUAUUAUUGGCAGCGAUGGUGCCCCAAACCCAGGCUUGGGCCUGCAUGUCCACGGCGAGACAGUGUCUUUUCAGGACUGUGAGAGGCCAUUCUUUAGGGCUGUCGUUGAGCUAACUGCAAGGACAGAGUGGAUCCUUUGUGGGUCCAUCUUUGCUGGGAGCUACUUCAAGUUCCUUCAACGCUUCAAGCUGGAAUCAAAGCUCUCAACUUUAUUUGUGGAUCUAACUAGCCUGAAUACACUUGUGCACUUGAGGGAUUUGCAACUUACAGGAGUAGACCUCAAUCGGCAGACUGGUCUUGCGAUCAUGUUUCACAAUUUGACCAGACUGGAGACUCUGAUGAUCCUUGGCUGCAGGAUCGACUACCUGGAAAAGGACCUGAGCAAAGACUUACAGUCAUUGAGAGAAUUACGUUUGGUUAUUAACAAUGAGCUUACAAUCAUGGAAGAAUUCCCUGAGCCCCUGAAAAGCCUAAAGUAUCUGCUUAUACAAGAUCUACUUUUACAAUGCAGUUGCAACAAUGCUUGGAUUGAUAACUGGGCGAAACGGAAUCGACAAGUUCAGGUCAUGUUUUGGGAUUCUACAUUGGGAAUGAAGGAAAUAAAUUGCAUAGGUGAGCAUGGCACUCAGAACUUCCUCAAAUACUCCCAAAUCCAUUGUUCAAUGGACGUAGGAUUCAUUUUGUUUGCUUCUAACACCCUGGGUCUCCUGCUCUUCAUGCUGGUGGUGCUGCUACAUCACCUGGCUGGCCAGUAUCUGCUGGCUCUAUUUUACAUCACUCGCGGCUGGUUGGAAGAGGCCGUGUUUCGGAACAACAAGAGACGCUACAGGUACGACGCAUUUGUCUCUUACAGUGGGAAAGAUGAGCGCUGGGUGGUGGAGGAGCUUCUGCCCAACAUGGAACAACGAGGUCCCCCUUUCCUGCGCCUGUGUCUGCACAGUAGAGACUUCCAGCUGGGGAAGGACAUUGUGGACAACAUCACAGAUUCUCUCUACAGCAGCCGCCGGACUGUAUGCUUGGUCAGCCGCGACUACCUCCGCAGCAACUGGUGCUCUUUGGAGAUGAAGCUAGCCACUGACCGGCUGCGGGUGGAGCAAAGGGACAUCCUCAUCCUGGUCUUCUUGGAAGACAUCUCUCCUCACCAGCUGUCCGCCCACCACAGGCUGGCCAGACUGGUGAAGACCAGGACCUACCUGGACUGGCCAAAAGAGCCAGAACAAUACCAAGAUUUUUGGGACCGACUUUGGGCUACGCUGGCGCCAAAACAUGGCCAGUGACUUGAAUACAUUUAAAAACUAAACUCCAAGUUUUCUGAAUGGAUUGUAACUUAGCUAGGGAAAUAGAUAAUGUAUCUCCUGUACAAAAAGACAAAAAGAGCUAAACAUGAGUGUCAAACUUUUUUCAAAUCUUUGCUUGAAUCAUUAUUCUGUAUGUCGUUAUCCUAUGUUAAUGUCUGCUUCAAAUUACUCUAACUAAAUACUUUGAGAUGA